AUGAAUGGUUGCAAUUCUGAUUUUGAUGGAAAUGGUCUUUCCAUGGAAGUUUCAGCCAUAUAUCUUGCCAUGAAAAAAUCAAAGCUGGAAUGUGUUGAUGAGCACGGUCAGGAUCCAAUGUCUUCUGACAUAUACACAGAGGAGGAUGAGUUUGAGGAUUUUGAUGACUUUGACCCAUACUUAUUCAUAAAGACCUUACUAGACUUGUCAACAGUGGUUCCAACUUUUAGACGAUUGUUGUUACCUAAGCAGACGCGUAGUUGCCCUUCAAUUACUCUUGUUCUGGACUUGGAUGUUGUUCUAGCCUCAUUGCCUCCAUCAAUGCAGCUGGACCUUCUUGUUCAGAGCCGCAAAGGAUACUUUACUGGUGAUUUAGAAAGAGGUACGAUGGUUCCAGGGGUUCUUCUCACUCUGGCUCACGUUGGAGUGGUGGCCUCUGACAGUUGGUGA